AUGCUCGAAACAUCAACUAAAACUCCUCCUCGCCCCUCUCCCCACUCCGGCCCUCCCUCCCUUCUCCACAACCCUCCCUUCUCCCUCCCCUUCCCGUUCUCCCUGCCUUCCCCUUCCUCUCCUCUUUCUUCCUGCAUCCCCCCUCCCGUUCUCUCUCCCCGUUCGCUCCGCUCCCCCCUUCCGCUCCCGUCGCCGCGCGCGCGCAGCCGGUCGUCGUUCAAGGGGAGUCGCGACAAGAUCAAGGAGGGGAAGAAUCUCAUGUCGGUGAUAUCGCUGCGCGAGGCGCUGGGCUUUCUGGACCGCACAACCAAGGACCGCGCGCGCGCGCAGCACAUGAAGCGCUUCAUCCACGACGUCGUCGUCCCCAAACUGGAGCGCGGGGAGCUCCCCCCGUGGGGCGGCGGAACCCAGCGCGCGCCCGACCACCCGGGGCUGGACGAGUUCAUCCGCAAGCUCAUCCUCGCUACAGAGAAACUCGAGUCUUGCUUGCAGCACAAGGAGGUGGCGGGGUACCUGGCGGAGCUGAAGCGCGCCGUGCGCGCCAAGGGGGAGCGGGACGUGCGCGUGGUGCUCGUGGGGGGCGCUGGCGCGGGGAAGAGUCACCUGGGGAACCGACUCGUCUGCCCUGGUAGUGACGGAACUAGAGGGCCUUUCCCUCUUUCAUCCGGCAUGCCUGCCACCACCACCGCUAUCACCCCUGCAGCAGCACGGGCAACUGCGGAAGGGGUUGAAGGGCAAGGGGGAGGGGCGGACGUAGAGAAGCAGCAUCAGCAGAGGCGGCGGCGGAGGCAGCAGCAACAGGAGCAGGAGAAGGAAGGCGUGUCUGCUGCUGCUGCUGCUGCUGCACGGUCCACUGACGGCGCUGUUGCUGCUGCUGCCGGCAGUGCGCCAGCAGCAGCAGCGCCCACCGCCGCAGCUGCCUCUCCUCCCUUCCCCCACACGCCCUCUGCGUCCUCCGCGCCUGCGCCCGCCAUCACCAUUGCAGUGCGCCGCUUGGAGCACCCGGAUCCCAGCCACCUGCGCGCGUCCCUCCUCCCCCGCUCCCCCGCCGCGUUCGAGGCCCUCGUGACGUCCCUGGUCGACUCUCUCGCGCUCUCUGACCCUGCUGCCGCGGCUGCUGCUGCUGCUCUUGGGAAUACCGGCACCAGCACCGGCACCGGCACUGGCACCGGCGGCAUCGGCAGUGGCAACAGCAGCGCAAACGGCAAUGCGGGCGCCACUCUGAAUGCUGCCUCCUCCCGCGCGGUCCACCACCUCCGCGUGUACCUCCGCGAGUGCUUCGGCUGCGCGGUCGUGGACGGCAGGAUUCGUCUGGUAGCGCCGGAAGUGGUGAAGCUGCCAGAGGUGGUGAUAGGGGGCGUGGUGGGGAAGGCGGAGGUGGAGGCGGCGGAGGGGGGGGUGUUUGGGCGCAUGCAGAUGCUGGCGGGGAGCGUUGCUGCGAGGCUCACAGAGGGGCAGCGCCUGGCUGUGGAGGCGCUGCUGUUGGAGUCGCCGGCUAUUGGGUUGCCUGCUGGUUACACCCUCUUCGAUGUGCGUUCUGCUGCUGCUGCUGCUGCUGCUGCUGCUGCGGCUACUGCUGCUGCUGCUGCUGCUGCUGCUGCUGCUGCUGCUGCUGCUGCUGCUGCUGCUGCUGCUGCUGCUGCUGCUGCUGCUGCUGCUGCUGCUGCUGCUGCUGCUGCUGCUGCUGCUGCUGCUGCUGCUGCUGCUGCUGCUGCUGUUGCUGCUGCUUGUAUUGCUACGCCCGGCACGCGCAGUGUCGCAGCCUCCCCAGCCCUGCAGCAGCUACUGCAGCGCGCGGACGUCAUUGUGCCCUGCUCCGCGCGCCAGCCACUCUCUGACCGCCUCAUCCGCGCGCUGCUGUGGCCAGGGCUCUUCUUCCGGCCCCGCCCCCCGCUCUUCCUCAUCCCGCUGGACUACUGCACCGUGGGCGCAGGGGGAGGCGGCGCGGGGGGAGGGGCGGGGGGAGGGGCAGGCUGCGGGGAAGAGAGCAGCAACGGGAAGGCAUGGGGCGAAACGGCUGUAUGGCCAGCAGGAAUGGCAGGAAUGAAUGGAUCUGCAGGUAGAUUUGCCCCAUCCCUCGACUUACCCUUCUCUGCUGCCCUCGGUGCCACUGCUGGCGGCAGCGCCGGGAGCAGCACUGGCGGCGGCAGUGGUGGUGGUGGUGGUGGUGGUGGUGGGAGUGGGAGUGGGAGUGGGAAUGGUGGUGGGGUGAGUGCAGGGCCGCAUGCGGACGAGCGGCGGGCGUAUUUCCGUGCGCGGUUUGCGGGUGUGGCGCGGUGUGGGGCGCUAGCACCGUGUGUGGACGUGCACCAGAGGGCGCAGCUCAGCACUCACCUCGCCCACACUCUGCAAGUGCUCCCGCCCGGCGUGCUCUCCUUCCAGGAGCACCCAGUGCUGCAGUCGCAUGUGUUGCAGCAUGACAAUCAGAUGCUGCUGUGGGCCGCCACUACCCUCGCGUUCACUCUCAACGGCCUCCUCACUCGCCACGGGCUGCUGCCCAACCCACACAGCAACGCCCACCUCGGUAGCAACGGCAACGGCAACCCCAACAGCGGCUGCAGCAGCAAGAAUAACAGCACCGGGAGCGGGAACGGCAGUGGGAGUAGCAAUAGCAGUGCCAGUGGCAGUAGCAUCAAGAAGAGCAGCAGUAGUAUUAAUGUGAAAGAGAGCACAGAGAGCAACAAGCUCGGUGGUAACGGCGACAGAUUAACCGACUUGACUAUCGGCAGCAGCAUGCUUCCUCCUCCUCCUCCUCCUCUCUCUCCUCCUCCCCUCCUGUCUCCCUCUGCGCCUCCUGCUUCGUCUGUGCCUUCUCUACCCUCUCUCCCCUCCACGCCUUCCCCGUCGGAAACCUCAUCCGACCUCCCAUGGAAUCUGCUCCUCUCUGCCGCUGCUCACACUCUCUCCCAUGCACCACCGCACCAUGUACCACCGCAUGGUACCGCACCGCACCAUGCACCACUGGUGCAUACUCCAGCGCAAUCAUCUUCGCUCCCGUCUGCUGCGCCUCCGGGAAAGUCUGAACCUCUCUUCUCAUCCCCAUCUUCUCACCAGCUCCUUCCGUUCUUCCUCCCCGGAAGCAGCAACACCACCAACGGCAGCACCAGCACCAGCAGCAGCAGCAAACCCAUCACCACCACCCCUCCCGCUGGUAGCAGCAGCGCCGCGGCAUUCAGCAGCAUCCCAGGCAGCAGCUGCAGCAACGCCAGCCGCCCCGACGCACUGAGCGCCGCCGCGGCCACCUUUGCAGCGGAAGCCCACUGGGAGCACGUGCGCUUCAAGAGCGAGCAGUGCUUCCUCUCCGCCUUCCGGGAGGAAAUCAACCAGCAGCUGGACGCGCUACGCUGCGAGGUGCAGGAUUACCUGGAGACGUGCGCGUGGGCGAGCGAUGGGAGCGAGCGGUGGUGGCGGAGAAUGGUGGCGUUUGUGGUGGGGGCGCUGCGGCAGUCGUUUGAAGGGCUGGGGGAUGUGGCAUGUGCGCUGAUGCUGGACGAGCAGGAGGCGGCCAUUGCCAUGCUCGCGUCCUCCUCUUCGCAUCCUACCCAGCAAAAGCAAAGCAUGGAGCUCUUUCCAUCCUCGGCAUCCCCACUCACUGCCACCUCCCGCCCCGUGUGCUCCCUCCCUCUCUCUUCCCCCCUUUCUCCGUCUUGCCUCCUCCCUCCCCUCCCCUCCCCCAACCCCUACCUUCUUCCCCAUUCUCUCCCCUCUCUUCCCUCCGAUCUUCCUUACCGCAGCUGCCCAGCAGCACCCCCAUCACUACCACCCUCUCCGCAGGAGGGGCAGGAUGAGCAGGAGGAGCGGGGGCAGCAGCAGGGGCAGCAGCAGGGGCAGCAGGCGGAGCAAGCGGAGCAGGAGGAGGAAGGGGACAUGCUUCUGAGCAUAUCGAGCAGCUUUGUGGUAGCAUCUGAGACGGCCCUAGACAAGCUGUGGUCUGUGCACCGCUCCUUAGGCCUAGAAGCCGCACUCUCCCUCCUCUCCCCGCACCACUUUCCCUCGUCCCGGCGCCUGGGGGACGAUGGGGAUGCGUGGGCGGGGGGGAGGGACGGAGGUGGAAGAGCGACGGGGAGGGCUGGUGCAGGGGGGAGUGUGGCAGGGGGUGGUGGGAAGGGGAAAGGGGUGGAUAAGGGGAAGGCGCGUGUGGAAGAGGAAGGGGCGGCUGGGUGGGCGGGUGUGGGGAGAGGCAUGGGUGAGGGGGUUGGGUGGAACCGCGCUGGGUCUGCUUGUGCUGGUGGUUUGGAUUGGGCCGAGAUGGUGGGAGCGAGUGUUGGGACAACAGCAGCAGGAGCAGGAGCAGCAGGAGGAGGAGGAGCAGGAGAGAAAGGAGAAGGGGAAAGAGAGAUGGGCGCAAAAGUGCAAAGGAUGGGUGGAAUGGGAGGAAUCGGGGGAGCAGGGGAUGUGGGGGCAGUAGAGGGAGUGUUGCAUGGCAUGGUUCGACAAGAGCUGGAGCAGGCAUGGCGGCACCACAUGGCUCGCUCCAUAGAUGCCUCAGCAGCAGCGGACUUUGCGCAGGAGAGCACAGUGCGUCUCUUUGAUGCGCCCACCAGCGUUGCCAUGCGUCUGCGCCACUGGGCGCACCACACCAUGGCCCCGCAGGCCCUCUCCCUCGCCCUGCACGUCCUGCAUCCCCUCGCCUCCUCCUCCUGCCUCCCAACGUCGUUUUCCGCUUUGCCUAGUCCUGCCCCUGCUGCGGCUGCGGCUGCAGCUGCGGCUGCGGCUGCGGCUGCUUUGCUCUCUGCCGCAGCUGGUGCGGCUGGUGAGACUGCUGCUGGAAAUGCCGACGCUGCUGCUCCUCCUCCUGCUGCUGCCACUGCCACACCUUUUCCGUGGUUGACAAAGGGGCAAGCCACAAGUGCUGUUGGUCCCUGUGGGCUUGCACUUGCCUCUCACCCACCUGCUUCACUUCUAGACGCUGGAUCAGCAGCAGCAGCAGCAGCAGCAGCAGCAGGGGGUGCAGUGGCGGCAGGGUUGGCAGCAGCAGCAGCAGCAGAUAGCCCUAGGAAGCACCACCUCCCGUUCUUUCCAGGCCUGACGAACGAUGCAGCUCCUGCUCUGGCAGUUCCUUCGUCCACUGUUGCUGCUUCUGCUGCCGCUUCUGCUGCUGCUGCUGCAGCUGCUCCAGGCAUGCGUGUGGGGCGAGUGGUAACAGGGGAGGAGGUGAAGGCGAGGAAGGGGGGCCUGGAGGUGGCAAAAGCAGCAGUGGCAGUGAGAGAAGUGGCGCUAGGGCUGUUGGUACUGUCCAAGGAUAUACUCAAUCCCACCCUCACCAUCCCCUGCAGACCCAUACCUUCUGUGCGCAAGCUUCCACCUCCCCCAGUCCUGCCCGGCCGCCACCCAACAUCGGAUGCCAUCACUAUCAACUACACCACUCCACCCUCCGCUGGGAUAAGCAGUCUCGCACCCACCGGGCUAGGAACCGGCACAAACCAUAGCUUAACCGCUGCCACUAAUGCUGCAAUAACCACCAACAGUGGCGCCAUAGCUUCAUUUCCGGGUGGGUCAGGCUCAGGAGAAGCACCAGGCGCAUGGUCAGGGUCAGGGGCAGCACCGGCCGCGCGCAUCGACAACGCUGCUUGCUCUGUCCGCGCCACUGUCGCCGCCACCGCCGCGGCUGCCGCAGCCGCGGCUGCUGCUGCCCGUGCCUCUCAAGGCCUGCCCCCCAGCCGUCUUCCUGACUCCGGCCCCCCCUUACUCCACCGAAAACUAAAACAAGUUCCUUUGCAGGCCCGACCAGGGCCGGAGAUCAUCUGGGUGACUGAUCUAACAGGCGGGCCGGGAGGCGAGCGGGAUGUGAAGUCGCCGUAUUCAUGGCUGGAGUUCACGCGGAGUCCGGCGAGGGCGCGGGCGAUAAGAGUGGGGCAGUGGGCGGACAUCUUCCUGAACCACUACGAGCAUGUGUGCAAGCAUGCCACGAACGUUGUUGAACAGAUCUGCCCCCCCAUGUUCUUCAUUUCCAAGGACCCCUUCUCCCCUGCUGCUCUCCGCACCUACGACCUCCUCUCUGCCUCCUCCUCUUCCUCCUCCUCCUCAUCCACCCCACCCGUACCCUUCACUCGCACACCCCACCCGGGAGCCUCUCUCUCUCCACCCGCCUCCGCCAGCAUAGCUGCCCGCACUGCUUCCGCUGCCACUCCCGCUACCACAGGAGCCACUUCCAGCCACAGCACCGCACCAUCACCAUCCCCAUCACCAUCACCAGCACCACUAUCACUGCCAUCACCAGCGGAGCCGUUCCUGUACUCCUUCCUGGUGGUGGAGCGGCGGCACAUGCUAGAGGUGGCGCCAGAGGUGGCUGCGCGCCUGCCGUGGCACAUGUGGCCUGUCGUUGUUCCGGAUCACUCGCACCCUGCAGAGCUCUGCGAGGCCGCCAAGCUUGUUGCAGAGUCCAUGCUCGGCAUGGGGCCCAAGUCGUACGCGCUCAUCCCCUCACACACACGCUUCUACGAGUUCAUCUCAUCGCCCUCCCUCUCAACACCAUCACCAACACCAUCAUCAUCCCAGCAACAACAACACCACCAACACCAGCCGCACCAGCAGCAGCAGGUGGAAUCCGUGGCACCAAGAGCCCUGCAGUUCGCACAGGCUGUACUAGCAGCGGAACGAGCCGCCAGCCACCGCUCCCUGCAGCACCACAUGGGAGCACGCGAGUUCAAAACCAGCCUGGUAGCACUAGCCAUGGAGGAUGCGCAUGGGACCGUGGAGGGGCGCAUGGCUUUCCAUCGGUUCAACGUGGGGUAUGAUGCGGCUCUUGGGUCGAUUGCACAAGGGGGAAGAGGAGGAGGAAGGGGUGGAGGAGGUGGGAGUGGUGGUGGUGCUGUGUCGGCGGCAGCGCUGCAGAUCAAGAUAGAGGAGCUGUUUGAUCCUCUCCUGCCUACUGUGAAGGAGCGGCUAGAGGAGCUCCUGGAAGACGUGCACGCAGUGGCAGCUGUCUCUCUCUCUCACGGCGCCUACGCCCGUCAGCGCCACCUCCUGCUGCGCCUGCACGCAGCCAACUAUGAGGCCGGGGGCCCCCCGUCCUCGCUCAUAACUCUCAACGACAUCGAGUCGCAGCGCCCCUUCUCCUACUGCGGCCCCAGCAGGGUGCUAGACGAGGUGCUGGUGCCGCACGUGUGCUCCGAGGAGGAGUUUUUGCAGCAGUGGAGAGCGGUGCAGAAGAUUUUCUUUUUGCAGCUGCUGGAGUGUGGGAGGAGGGUGCUGUGGACGCCGCAGUUCCAUGCCGUGGAUGUCCCCCCGGGGUCCGUGCGGCCGAGUAAAGGGGCUCGCUAA